GGAAAUAACAAAAAAAAAUAGAAAAUAAAAACAUUUGAAAUCUUAAAAAAAAACAGAAAAUAGACGAAAAAAAUAGGAAAUAAAAAUUCUCUAAAUCUCCCCAAAAGUCGAGACAAUGCUGAAAAAACACACAUCAUAAAAGUUGCGCUUGCCAAAACUGUCGAUAAAAGAGAAAGAGACGCAACCCCGCAGGUCUACCUCAACGCUUGGCCCCGGUACAUAGCAGAGUGAACCUUGGCAAGAGAGAAAUGUUGUAGCACUUCCUGCCAUGAUGGACCUGGUAACACUGCUGCCCAGAAGGUUCCAGCUGGCAACACUGCUUCUCCUGGUGGCUGUCCACACCUGUACAGCGAACACAGGAAAGCCUAAGAAGGAAUCAUCGAAGUUGUGGACGCCGCCAGAGUUCGACGAGAGUGUUCCUCGCAUCCUCACCGUGAUGGAGGGGGAGCCAGCCACCCUGCAGUGCGUCGUCAGCAAGCUAAGGGGGAGAUCCGUGUCGUGGAUUCGCCAGAGGGACCUUCACGUGAUCUCUGCCAAUGACCUGACCUUCACCACGGACGGCAGAUUUAAGGUGGCUUUUGACAACGAUACCUCAGCCUUCACCUUGAGAGUCUUAAAGGCGCUGAGGAAUGACUCGGGCGUGUACGAGUGUCAGAUCAACACUCGCCCUAAGCUGUCGCGUGCCUUCAACCUUACCGUAGUGGUACCCGCCGCCAGGAUUCCGGGACCCAAGGAGCUGUUCAUUAAGAGUGGGUCCACCCUCGUCCUUACAUGCGUGGCUCACCUUCACCCCAACGCCCUCAGCACCGUGGAAUGGACGCACAACAAGACCCCAUUGACUAUCACGGGAGCGCGGGGCGGGGUCAGCAUUCACACAGAGAAGGCGGGGCGGCUCUUCUCCUCCAAGCUCUCAGUGGUUCGCGUGGCGCCUCAAGAUGCUGGAAAUUACACGUGCAGGCCAGAUGGAGUGCCGCCCGCCUCUGCCACCGUGAUUAUUGUAGAUGAAGACGUCCCAGCAGCAAUGCAUCACGACAGUGCAGCGAGGCGGGGACACUUCACAAACGGCCUUCUGCACGUCGCCCUCCACACACACCUCGUCCUGCACAGCUCCUCCACCUUCCACUCCACCUGCGUCGCCGCCUCUCUCUUAUGACUAGGCCUGGUCUUAGCUAGCGGCGAGGCGGGGCUCGUCAAUACAGUGUUAUUGUUAUUAUGGUGACACAAAGCUGGUUUAGUCUUUAGUUUAUUGUAAAUAGUCGUGUGUGUUUGAGUGAUAGAUGUUGCGUAUUUAGAUGUCCAGUAUGUGUGUGUGUGUAUGUGUGUGCGCGUGUGUGUGUGUGAGUGUACGGUGUUUUUCUAAUGAUCAAUGUCGUAACUAAAGAAAUACGAACUGAGGGGGAGGAGGAGGAAGAAGGAAGAAGAAAGGAAUGAAGGGAAAAGAAGGAGAUGUUAAAAAAAAGUAAAUAAAUAGAAAUUCCACUAACUUUUGCGGGGACGAAGAAGGAAGUAGCGAAAGUAUAUAUGAGUUUGGAACGGUGUGUGUGUGUGUGUGUGUGUGUGUGUGUGUGUGUGGGGAACACUCGCCCGCCCCCUCCUUGCCACCUCCUUAAGUGUUGCCUCAAGGGGAAAAAAAGACAUGUGACAUUAGAUUUUCGUCUCUCUGUGGUCACACUUUUUACCAAGGUACGUUUCUUGAGGGAGCCGCGCACCUUGCUGCCUCACUCCUCCCUGCAGGCAUGAAAGAGAGAGAGAGAGAGAGAGAGAGAGAGAGAGAGAGAGAGAGAGAGAGAGAGAGAGAGAGAGAGAGAGAGAGUAGAGUAGAAAGAGUAUUUUACCCUCUCUCGUUCUCAUUUUUCAUCUUGUGUGUCAAAGAGAGAGAGAGAGAGAGAGAGAGAGAGAGAGAGAGAGAGAGAGAGAGAGAGAGAGAGAGAGAGAGAGAGAGCUCUAUGUGUGGGUGUCGAAGAAGGAAAAAGUUUUUGGGUAUAAAGUCUUAUGAAGGAGUCGGUAAACUGUAUGUAUAUUUUUUGGUCUUUUUUUUUAGUCCUCCCUCCCCUCCAGUAUUCAAUUAUAGGCACGUUUUCUACAGCUUGUUCUCUGUCUUGAAAUAAACAUGUGAUAUUA